AUGACGAUUGUCAUUGUGGGCUGCAGUGUCGUGGUGGAGAAGACAAACUCCAGAGCCAGAACACCUGGGUUCACAUCACAGAUCCACCCUUAUACCUGUGUGGCCGUGGGCAUCACGGCGUCGGCCCCUCCGAGUGCGUCCCAGCUGUUCGAGCGACCUUGCCCACGUAUCCUGCCCAGUCAGCCUCCCUCUGCCAUGGCAGCCUACGGCCAGACGCAGUACAGUGCGGGGAUCCAGCAGGCUGCCCCCUACACGGCUUACCCACCUCCAGCACAAGCCUAUGGAAUCCCUUCUUACAGCAUCAAGACAGAAGACAGCUUGAACCAUUCCCCCGGCCAGAGUGGAUUCCUCAGCUAUGGGUCCAGCUUCAGCACCCCAGCCACUGGACAGAGCCCGUACGCCUACCAGAUGCACGGUCAGUGUGGCGCUGCGGCCCCUCCCCACCCGGCUCUAAGGCACCUCCUGAGUUGA